GAAUCGUUUUGGUUGAUUAGCGGACUCACGUCGUGUGUUUUUUUUUCUUCUACAUAUAGGAACAAGUCCAUGUAUUUUAUCGCAAGAUUUUUGACUAAUAUUUGACAACAGGCUGGUGUGAAGUAGACUUGAGAAAACAGUGAUCGUGUCCAAGUUUUAUUUUUGAACAUUCGAAAAGUCGUUGGGUGCAGAAAGAGUGUAACGUGAGAAAAGUGACUGAAACGAGGACAACGAUGCUGCUGAAGAAGCUACCCUUAUCAGCACCCAAUUCUGCGGCCACGCUGCGGCGAUGCCUUUCGGCGCAGGCCAGCACCAAUGUGAAGGAGAGCCCCGAGCUGCCAAAGACCAACCACAAGGCUAAGGUUUACAGCAAGCAUAGCUAUGACAAGAUCACCGCCAUGAGGAAGCAACACCUCACCCCGAACGUGACUUCGUAUUACAAGAAACCACUGCUUAUCCACAAAGGUAACAUGCAGUGGCUGUUCGAUCACGAAGGACGCCGCUAUCUGGAUAUGUUUGGUGGAAUUGUUACCGUAUCAGUCGGGCACUGCCAUCCAAAAGUCAAUGCUGCACUGCAAGAGCAAAUGAACAGCCUGUGGCAUACAACCAACAUCUACAUGCACCCCAAGGUCCACGAGUAUGCUGAGAAACUGCUCUCCAAACUACCGGUAGAUCUGAACAAUGUCUACUUCGUCAACUCCGGUUCGGAAGCGAAUGAUCUGGCUAUGAUGAUGGCACGGCUCUAUACGGGAAACAAUGAGAUUAUCAGUUUCCGCAAUGCUUACCACGGAGCAUCGCCUUACACGAUGGGUUUGACUGCACAUUCGACGUGGAGGUAUCCGCUGGCCGGAGCGAGUAAUGGAAUAGUUCAUGCUAUGAAUCCCGAUCCUUACACCGGAAUUUGGGGUGGAAAGAACUGUAGAGAUUCACCGGUGCAAACCACGCGGCACUGCGACUGUCCUGCAGACCAAUGCCUGGCCAGUGGACGGUAUUACGAACAGCUCGAGCAAAUCUUCAAGUAUUCGCUACCCCGCGGUAAGGUGGCGGCCAUGUUUGCGGAGUCAAUUCAGGGAGUAGGAGGAACGGUUCAGUACCCCAAGGGCUACAUUAAGAAGGCGGUCGAGCUGGUACGGGCUAAUGGAGGUCUAUUUGUGGCCGACGAAGUUCAAACUGGGUUCGCCAGGACGGGCGAGCACUAUUGGGGCUUCGAAGGACACGACAUCGUACCUGAUAUUGUCACUAUGGCGAAGGGAAUUGGAAAUGGAUUCCCCAUUGGAGCCGUUGUGACUUCGCGGAAGGUGGCGGAAACGUUGUCACAGGCUUUGCACUUCAAUACUUACGGUGGUAAUCCGCUGGCUAGUGCGGUUGGUAUUGCCGUGUUGGAUGUUAUCGACGAAGAGGGAAUGCAACAGAAUGCCCGUGACGUUGGUACAUACCUGCUUAAAGGUCUCGAUAAUCUACGCGAUAAAUAUGAUGUCAUUGGAGAUGUAAGAGGAAAGGGUCUGAUGAUCGGUGUCGAGCUGGUGGCGGAUAAGGAGACACGCCAGCACCUCAGUGCUCCACACUUUGUCGAAAUCUGGGAAAUGUGCAAGGACAUGGGUGUCCUUUUCGGACGAGGCGGUUUGAACGCUAACGUUCUUCGGCUGAAACCACCGAUGUGUGUCAACAUGUUGGAUGCAGAGUACGCACUAACUGUGAUAGACUAUGCCUGCCAAGCUUACCAAAAUAAGCGCAAACGUGGAUGCAGAAAGUGUUGAGUUCGUUCGGGUAUCGUACACUGACAUUCUGUGAUUCCAACAACGGUUGAGUCAUUCCAUUUUAGUACUGUGAUUUAUGAUUAUAGGAAACAAUAACUAGAUUUUAACGCUUAUAUAAUAGACUUGCAUUCCUAGCAUGAGUGCAUUCUAUUAGCUAGAAUAAAUAACUAAUUUAUCUAAA